AGUCAGUAUCAAUGAUCAUUUUGCAAAUAUGGGAAUUAAACCCAAAGGGGUUACUGGAGCUCCCAGUGGCACAGGAAAGAAGGAGGUGGUGUGUGAAUAUUGCAAGAAGCCGAAACACACCAAGGACAAGUGCUGGAAAUUGCAUCCCAGUCUUGUCCCUAUCCGAUUCCAGAAGAAGAAUGAUAGUAGAAAGACAGGAAGUGUACAUGCAGCUACAAGUACAGAUACAGAGGUUGAGUAUGCCAGUGCACAGUUGGCAGCCAUGAAAGCUGAAUAUGAGAAGUUUGGAAAGAUGAUCAACCAGCUUGAAGGUGUAACUUCAUCAUCCAACCCUUCUGGAAGUCCAGCCACCACCGCAUUUGCUCACUCAGGACCUGAAGUCUCGGAAGGUGAUUGAGAGUGGCCAUGAAGCGAAUGGAAUAUACUUGCUCGACACCCCUGGCCAAUGCUUUGAUCAUCCCAAGAAUGUUGCUUUUGGUUCUACUUCUUCAGAGUCUGUCAGUCAAAUUAUGUUGAGUCAUUGUCGGUUGGGUCAUUUACCUUU